UUUGGCUGAAGUAUCCUGAAGCUCAAUCGAACCCACGUUCACACUCGCCAUGUGGCUAAGUCUGAUCGGACUCCUCAGCCUUGCUGUCUUUGGACGAUGUGAGGUUUGUGAGGUGGUGGAAGACCCUUCAUUGAUCCAGAUUGGGUCUGGGAGUGCGUUGAGUGGUCCUGAUUUUGACGAUGGUGACCCUGAGGUGAAUUUCAAUGUCACCGUUAACCACACUGAGAACAAUACGAAGAACGUGAAAUUCAACCCUACUCUCCAUCCCUUCGAAGACUCGUGCGAGCAUUGCAAGCAAACCUGUUGCAAAUCACCCUACUCUGGUGCCGACUGCACAUGCCUUCAGCGCUGUACACCCUCUUGUGAUUUCUGUUCAAGUCCAUGGCAUAUUGCACCAGAGCACUUCGAGACACCAAGCACUGGGAACUUCCAGGUGAAGAUCUCUGUGAAAGCUUUGCCCAGCUUGCAGAACUACAUCAUUGAAGAAGUGCAGCUGACUUUGAGUACUAUGGGCUUAGAAACCGCCGGUUUGGAGGUCGAUCUUCAAGCACCUGGUGAUCUUCCCAAGAUUCACCUAAAGGUUCCAAGCAGUGGGGGCACAGCUGGAGAUUUCGAUGCCACUUUCAGUGAUAGCAACUGUGAAGGAUGCAUACCUCCAAGUGAGAGUUUCGGAGCUUAUCGUGGGAAAUCUGCCUUGGGAGAUUGGAUCUUAACCUUUCAAGAUCCACCUGAAACCACACGUUCAGGCUUCGUUGCAUGGGUGAGCUUGGCACUGCGCUUGAAUUGCUGAACAUAUCCAAUGUAAAAUUCAUUUGACAUGGUUUAC